CUCAAAAAUCAUGGCGGACAACAUGUGAAAGUAGUGGGUGUGUGAACAUGUAAACGGUUGUAUGGAUAUUUCUAAUGUAUAUCUGCAAUAUUUAUUGGUAUAUUUAAACACCUAAAUGGAGUAAAAUUCAAAUGCAGCUAUGGAGAUUGACGAAGAGCACGUCAAUACGCUGCUUAGCAUGGGCUUCCCUAGCGAUAUUGAGGUCAGGAAAGCCCUUCGCUUCGCUAAAAAUGACCUCAACGAUGCCGUUGCAUACCUUACCAACGACCAUUCCACAUCAUCUUACGACACACUAGAUGAUAUUGAAAUGAAAGAUCUGCAUCCCAGGAGUUCACAGGCACCUGUUUAUGGCCCUUCUCCGCCGCCCAGUUACGACGAAUGUGUAAUUCCGGAGAGAACAGAUGGCCAGUCUGAAAAUGGUGGAGGAGAAGGAGUGGUAGAGGAACUCAACCCCCUCGAGUUUCCAGUCACCAAUCUUUAUGAACUAGAGGGGCGGGUGUUUGCUGAACAGUGGUCUAUACCCUAUAAGAAAGAGGAAUCAUUGGGCAAAUGUCUUUUGGCAGCUACAAGACUUGCUGAAGCCAAUGUGGCUGACAAUGAUGAGCACUGUAGAAGGUUUCUAGAAAGAUGUAUGCCAGAGUCAUUCCAAAAGCUGAUGACAUAUUCUGCUGUUCAUCGAUGGAACGGAGAAAUACAAGAGGGGAUAUUUAAUAUGCUGCAGCUAUUUAUUGACCUAGUGGCCACGCGGCUACAGUACUUACCAGUGCCUAUCAACCUCCUAGAUGUCCUUCAAACAGCUUUCAACAAGGACACAGAAUAUCACUACAAGAAUCGAACUCGAAAAGAUAGAACUUACUGGGAUGACAAACUGGAAGGGGGACAACUCUUCACUACCAACACCAGCUACAAAUCUGCUCAGGAUACAUACGGCUGGCUGUCCCAUCUGAUCAACAGGUUUGCAAUGAAAAAAGGUUUGGAGCAUGUGAAGAAUCUGCUGGAAAAUGAAGAAAUGGAUGCUCCAUCGAUGGCAGCCCUUCUACGUCCAUUUGGGACUUGUGCAGAAUUCCUCAAUCCUGGAUCUGUGUCGGAGAUUCUGGCUCCUGGAAUGGAGAGAUCCAUAAAAUACGUCCAGAAUCUAGAAGAGAAAGACUUCAAAGAAAAGAAGGUGGGUUAUGUCUCGGAUUUACUAGCUUCUAUGAAGCUGUUAUGUAUCCAGAUGUGGCCACAGCACACCGACUCCCUGGACGACCUGCGACUUGAGAUUGCUCUACGAAUGCUCAAGUCUCCACAUUUUAAUGCUAAAAUGAACUCCCUUAAAGAGGUAUCCAAAUUGAUAGAGGAAGCUGCCUCCAGUAAAGUGCCUAAGACAGCCAUUCCAUCUCGAAAGAUUUCAGAUUGGCUUGUGGAACACAAAGUUUUGUCAAUAGCUUUAGAAGGUAACAUAGACCAGACCCAGUACUGUGAUAAAAUAAAGGGGAUAGUCGACUACAUUGGUGCCGAGUUAUCCCUGGAUGAGCUGACUAUGAUCUGGAAAAUGCAGUUACGACAAACAAACAAUGUUACAGACAACAUCCAUUCCAUCAUCGCGGCGGCAGCAGUCAAGUUUGAUCACACACUACUCGAUCACUUGUUUCUACUUAUACACAUGAAAUGGCAAGAGGAUAAUGAUAAGAUGCGUGAAAAGCUGUUAAGUCUGAUUGGAAAAAUCGGACGAGAUGCAAGAGAGGUCAAAAGCACAACGCGGGUAUUGGAGUUAUUAUGGGACUUGUCACACCUGCCAGCCCUGUCAACACACCUGAUAGAACAAGCCUUGGAGGAACACCUGGCCAUCCUCAGUGACUCGUUCAGUGUCAAGGAACACGAAAAGAGGAAAUACGUUGUCAAAUGUGUUGAGGACAUUAAAAAGGGUGCUUGUGUUCUUCCCGCUCUGAAACAGCUGCUACACAUUUGUAAAAACAUCUUAAAACAGUGCAUUCAGAAGUCGGACAAGGGUAUUCUCCAUGAACUCAACAAGAACCAUGAUGUCAUCAAGCUUGUCACCAACAGUCUUGUCAAGUGUCACAAAAUGGCUGUGGCUUCAACAGGUGAUGGUCAGCUAGGUCAACACACCCUUGUUGAUGGACGCUACAUGCAUUCUGAGUAUGUUACCAACCACCUAAGUUUUCUCCAGUACAUGUUACAAGAGGGUGCCCUCUAUCUUCCAUGGAGCAGGGCACGAGAUAUAUGGGGCACCUUGAUCGGCAGUCCCGAGGCCUGUGACUGGGACAGGGAGACCUGUUAUGACUGGUUCAGUCAUGGACUCACCGACCUAGAAAUGGAAACACAGAGUCAGCUGUUCCAGAAAGAGCUCUUAAAACUGGACCCUGCAAAACUCAGUGAGAAAGGAUUUACCUGUUUUAAAAGCUUCUUUGAAAACGUCAAUAAAUUUGAACAUCGCCUUAAACCUGACGGAAAUAAAUUGGUUGUAGAAAAGAGUGAACUGUUUGGAUUGGAUUAUAUUUGGGAGAUCUGUCUCAACACCCCAGAUGAGUCCAUCGCUAGCCAAGCCAUCUCUCUACUUUUGUCCGUUCUCUACACAAACCUGGCACCUAGACUUAAAAAGGACCCUGUGAUACUACACAAAAAAUUCAUCGCUGACAGUAAGAGCAGACUAGAGGCGGCCAUGAUUGGUAUAGGUGGCACUGUGAUAGCUCAGUCAAUCUCCUGGGCAACCAAAACUCUGACAGCUGCCAUUGUACCAGAAGUGGCCAACGUACCUUUACCGUCUCGGAACAUUAAGCUGAUGAACAUUGAGCGAUUGAUGUGGAUUGCGGAGGAGUAUGUACUAAAUGUCGAGGAGACUCACCACACGACACGGACCAUCCUUCCUCAUGGCGCAUCCUUUCAUGGGCAUCAGAUGAACCUCACAGUAACAUCUGAGUCACCCAAACAAGAAUUUCUUCUUGUGUGUCAUAGUAAUGAAACUCUUGGAUCUAUCCGGUCAAAGAUAGCAAGUAAACUACGACAGGCUCCAGAAAACAUACAGGUGGUCGCUCAAGACAAAAUGCUGGGGAUCAAUGAUGAUCAGAAAUUGUUGAACCAACUGGAAAUUGAAGACAACCAGGUGAUACAAGUACGACUAUCUACACCCUCAGCACUCCAGUCCUCACAGGUCAAGGAAAUUCAGGAAAGCCUAAGAAUAGAUGAGCCCCCAGCGACACCGACCUCGAAGCAGACAUUUGAUCUGGAACAGGAGAAGAUGUUACCAGGGGUUGUGAUGGCUAUGGGUGGCCAGGUGUUUGAAAUGCUCUACCAGCUUGCAGACCUGGAUGAACCAAGAAUUACAUCUAGAGUACGUAAGCUGUUGAUGCUCAUCCCGACUGAUCCGGCCAUAUCUGAAUCCCUCGACUCCAUCAGCAACAAGGUCUCCAAACAGAUGGGAUCAGGAGAUGACAUCAGUCCUCGCGCCAGUCCACGUAAGACAACAGCCACGAUUACUCCAGUGUCCAGUCCUCGUCUACCCCCGAAGGAGGUCCUCAAGGUUCUCUUUGACUCGGGGGCCCAGGACAUGUCUGCCUUCAGGGUGCUGUAUAAUCUCGAGGUACUGAGUUCCAAGCUGAUGCCAACAAUAAGUGAUAUAGGGACACGGCUGAGUGCACAGCAGUUCUGUGAAGACUUCCUCAACUGUGACGGUCUACAGAUGGUUGUGAAUGUCCUCCAGCCCGAGAGUCUUGCUCCAGAGCUAAACUACACGACACGCCAGGGCUGCUACUCGAUCUGUCUACAGCUGGCCAGAUUCCUCCUGUGUGGUCAGACAGUCACUGGUGAAGCUGUCAGUACAGACGGAGCAGCAGUCUUACCCUCGGAGGCUGGUGAUACAGCCAAGGUCACUUUGUCAGCCACACCCCCUACUUCUCUGACCAGUCCACUAACCAUUAAUGUGGAGAGAGCAGUCACUGCUGCCGGACAUGCAGUACAGACAAUGGGUGUACACGUCUUUACAGAGACAGUGUCUUGUUUCAUGAGGGUAACGUGGGCGGCAGCUGCUGGUCGGCUCCACCUUCUGAGUUCUCCUCAACCAAUCAUAGAAAGUUCCAAUAUGUAUGGAUGUGGCUGUCGUAGCCGGCAGAGUAGUACAGGCAGCACAGCUAGUACUGGUAGUGAUAGUGACUGUCAAACACUACAUGCUGGAGUGUGUGUGAGACAGACGUUUAUCUCCUCAAAGGAUUGCAAUAUAGCCAAGGAAGCCUUGGAAAUUCUCGUCGCAUGUCUUCAACUGCGGAGUGAAUUACUAGCCUCGUUUUAUACCCUGCCAUGUGUGAGCGACUUCAUUAUCGACAUCCUGGUAGGCUGUUCGCAGGCUGACAUCAGAAACGCAGCGCUUGAUCAGUUUUAUCUUCUCAGUCAAACACAAAUAUCUCCCAAUGAAGUCAGCACUGUAAACUCUGGAGGACAUCAAACUCCACAUCAGUUUAUCUUGAAAGUUCUCCUCAAGGCCUAUCUUCCCUUCUGGGUGUCAUCUGCAAGCACAAGGGGGGCUAGUCAGAGGUUAUUAAUGCAGUGUUCACAGUAUUUUGAUCUGCGAUGUCGACUGUUGGAAAACUUAAGCAUUGAAGACCAGAAGAAGUUGUCCUUAGAUAUAGCUACAAUGUUGGAGGAUGAGAUCAAUUGGCUAGGAAAUUUUGUGCCGUCGACGAACCGAGACCUGUCGGACACAGACAAUAGCUUACUGGCUGGUCACCUGAAACUCAUCAAGACUCUGUUUACCUGCGAGGGUGUGGAUAAAGAGGAAUUUGGGAGAGGACUGGUGUAUGACCUUCUCAACGACUUCUUGUUCCCGGCCUCCAAGGUCAUGAUGGAUAGUAUGGAUGACUCCAAUCUCAAGGGCGACCUCACUGAGGCCAAUCCAAAGUGCAGUAAUUCAGAGUCCCGAGUUGCAGCUUAUCAACUCCUGGCUGAGUUGGCCACCAACAGUCUGCCAAUCCUUACUGACAUUUGUAAACAACUCAUUCAAAUGCAUCACCUACCUCAACCUGAUUGUGCCAAUGAAUGGGAGUACCUACCGCCUGUUGAUGGACGGGCGCGGUGUGGCUUUGUGGGUCUGAAGAAUGGAGGAGCUACCUGCUACAUGAAUUCUGUGAUACAACAACUAUACAUGGCACCGGGCAUUCCUGAGAGUGUGCUGGGUGUUGAUGAUGAUGAAAUAGAGGAAGAAAGUGUGUUUUACCAGAUCCAGCAAGUGUUUGGUCACCUGAUGGAGAGUAAGCUACAGUAUCAUGAGCCAGAGAAGUUCUGGAAAGUGUUUCAGCUGUGGGGACAGUCCAUUAACAUCCGCGAGCAACAAGAUGCUUUUGACUUCUUCCAGGCCCUGGUUGACCAGGUGGAUGAACACAUGAAGAAAAGUGGAAAGGAAGAACUGUUCAAGUCCAAGUUUGAAGGGAUUUUUUCCGACCAGAAGAUUUGUAAAGAUUGUCCUCAUAGGUAUGAGAGAGAAGAGUCAUUCUUUGCGUUGAAUUUGACGGUAAAGAAUGCCACAUUACAGGAUUCCCUUGACCAGUUUGUCCACGGAGAGUUAUUAGACGGGGACAACGCUUACUUUUGUGAAAAGUGUGGAGAAAAGAGAAACACCAUAAAAAGGAUGUGUAUUAAGACACUUCCUCCUUUGUUGUGUAUCCAACUGAAAAGGUUCGGCUACGACUGGGAAGCUAAUCGGGCACUCAAGUUUGAUGAUUAUUUCAAGUUUCCGUGGGUGCUAGACAUGGAACCAUACACAACAGAGGGAAUGGCAAGGCGAGAAGAGGUUACAGAAAAUGCAGAAAGCAGCUCGGAGUCAGAGUCAGGGGAGACAACUUCAUCGUUAGAUGAUCGACUCUCUGAAGUAGUGGAGAGUUCCCCAGUGGAGUCAAAGCAGAUAAAUUAUGAGUUGGUAGGAGUUGUGGUUCACAGCGGGCAAGCCAACGCUGGACACUACUACUCAUUUAUCAAAGACCGAAGGGGUACCGUGAUGGACAAUCCUAAUAAGGGCAAAUGGUACAAGUUUAACGACACAAUCGUUGAAGAGUGCGAGAUGACAGAUGAGACUCUGGAGGCGGAGUGUUUUGGUGGGACUUAUAAAGCCAAAGUUUACGAAUCAUCAUCAAGUUACCCAGAUGACCGUGUGCGGUACUGGAAUGGCUACAUGCUGUUUUACGAGAAAGUACAGGAACCGAAAAACCCUAGUUCUGCCAAGAAAACAAAGAUUAUCAAAAGAGUCGUCCCUGAUUUAGGGAAAGGGCGACUAGAUUCUGACAGUCUUAUGGAAUUGACAGAACUUGUCCACAAGGGGGAACGACGAGGAAUCUUCACAGAGCAGAUGCCGGCCAGCAUUCACCAAGUCAUACAAGGAGAAAAUCUUACCUUCGUCAAAAAUCGAGAUGUCUACAAUGUUGAAUACUUCAGAUUUGUGAAAACCCUUGUAGAUCUAUACUCGAGAAGUCGGAGUAAUAAAGAUUUUACUGCCAUUUCUGUGCAAUCUCUCCAGCUAGGAAUGAAAUAUCUUUUUAACACAUUCUUCAGGACGAAAAAGAGGUCAAAAACGGAACUAAGUGAAUGGGCGGAGACGAUAGAGUGUAAACUCCUGAGCUGUAAGGAGGCGUGUUUAUGGAUGGUAGAAUACAUGUCCGGAGUCGAAGGAUCCUCGUAUAUUAAACCGUUUUUGUUAGAAUGUCCUAACAGAGAAGUUCGAUAUACCUUUGCACGAAUCAUAGAUGCUCUGAUGUCCAGCUACUUCAAGCAUGGUGGAAUACAGACACAAAAGGACUUUGAUGAAAUCCUCGAGCACCUGCUUCAGAUGCUGAAUAAGGAUGUGAUAGAUCACUGUAAAAAUUGCACCCAAUAUUUCCAGGUCCUGUUUCACUAUGUACAAUUGGGCACGAAGGCAUGUACCCACAUGUUCCUGAGACGAGGCUUCCCCCGACUAGUCACGUUCCUCCUCGGCCAGUCACAUCACCACCUUGAGGACCACGAGUCGUCAACACGGCGAUGGAGCUCUAUACAGUCACGGGAAUUUGGUUUCCUACAUUCAACUUUAGCAAUAUUGAUUCUGAAUUGUGAUGUGUCCCACUAUCACACAGAAGAACUAGGAGAAUAUAAACCUUAUAAACCACAGUCAGGUGUUCAUCCAGCAAAAUUGCUGAAGAUGUCACCAGAGAUGGAGAAAUAUGUCGUGGGGGCAGAGUCGGUCCGCUACAUUCGUGAGGUGGUACAGGCUAUCCGUGAGAUCAGUAAUAUGUCCCAUCACGUGUCGGACAUGAUUGUCUACUGUAGUUUCUGUAACCAGACCUUCAGUGAUAUAGUUCUCAAACAACUCAUGCUCCAGUACACAAAUGGUCCCUCUAAUGAACUCAAGAUGAUCUUUGCAUUGCUGAUGGAUCUCUUGUCAUUAGAAGACCCUGUGCAGCUGUCUCGUCUUGAACUUGUCAUAGAGGGAACAAUAGAUGACUCCGGGACUCAGUAUGAGGGACUCAUAGGUGUGAUUCGACAGAACCACUUGCUGGACAGUAGAAGAUCCUACUCCUGUAUCAAGUUCCUGGUCAGUUUGGCCAACAGGUGCUCUGCAGCCAAGAACUACCUAAUGCAGAUCCCUCCAAAGUGGCAGUGGGCAGUCAACUGGCUAAAGAAAAAGAUGUCUGAGUAUUAUUGGAAUCCUUCCUCCACCUCAACUGUAUCUAAUGAAGACUCCAAUCGCAAGUCAUUCCAGCGAACAAUCAGCGCCCAGUCUACCCUGGAUGAUGCCAAUGCCCUGUUGAUGGAACUUGAGACUCAUGAAGGGACGGGGUCUGCUUUAGACAUGGAUACUAAUGGAAACAAAUCAGACAUGGAGACAGACACAACAGACAAGACAACUGCUCCAACAGACAGUCAGUCUGAUACACACAUGCCUACAGAGGAGGAGGAAAAGGUCCAGAAGCCCAACACUUGAAAAGCCAAUGUCUUUCUUCUGGGUCAAGCUCACCUUUCUAUAGUCAGCAAUUCUUUUGGAAGAACAAAGAUUAUCUUUGGAGUCUUAAGUGGAUUUCUUAAAGGUUUUUUUUUUUCGUGAUUAAGGCUAUUCUAAUAUAUCAAAGUUCAAGAUGGGACGUUCAUCAAUACAUGGUAGAGGUUGUUCAAUCCAGAAAGGUUGAUGUUAAUUGAUAGUGAAUUUAUACCUAUGUUUUUCAGGCAUUAGUCAAGUGAGUGUAUUCUGGAGUCAAGUGUGUGUACUCUAGGGUAAAGUGCAUGCACUCAAGGGGUCAAACAAGUGCACUCAAGGGUCUAGCAAAUGUUUGGGGUAAACAAGUGUAAUAUAGAUACAAGAAAGUACACUGAUCAAACAAGUGUACUUUACAGUUACGGGAGUGCUCUCUGUAGUCAUGCAAGUGCACUACAUUUUGGUGUCAAACGAGUGUAUUCUAGGGUCAAGUGAGUGCACUACAUCCUGGGGUCAAACAAGUGUAUUCUAGGGUCAAGUGAGUGCACUACAUCCUGGGGUCAAACAAGUGUAUUCUAGGCUCAAGCAAGUGCACUACAUCCUGGGGUCAAACAAGUGUAUUCUAGGGUCAAGUGAGUGCACUACAUCCUGGGGUUAAACGAGUGUAUUCUAGGGUCAAGCAAGUGCACUACAUCCUGGGGUCAAACGAGUGUAUUCUAGGGUCAAGUGAGUGCACUACAUCCUGGGGUUAAACGAGUGUAUUCUAAGGUCAGCGAUUGCACUCUGGGUCAAGUGAAUGUACUGUGGGGGCAAGUGAGUGCAUGCACUGUAAGGUCAUGAUUAAGUGAAAUUUACUUUGAAGUCAGAAAGUGGAGAAAUCAGUCGAAUGUGUACUGUCAUUGAGUGCACUGUGAUUUUAAAAGGAGUGCUCAAUGCGAUCAAGUUAGUGUACAGAAGGAAGGCCAUAUGUUCAGUGCUGUGAUAUAAACUCUCCAUGAUUAAGGCUGCCAAUGUUGAUGUAUGGAUCAUUUGGCUUGAUUGGAUUAGAAAACACUUGCACUGAAAAUGACUCCUGACAUUUAUUUGCCCUAGUGACCAGACAUGUGAAACCUGUUCAUGUAAUGGAUGAAGGUCAGAUUGACGAGGAUAAAUGUCGAGUCUGAUUGAAUCCACUGAAGUUCUAUUGACACUAUAUAAUACAAAUAUGAACAGCAAUGAACACCAAUCAGUCACAAGGAGUGUGAUAUGUUCACUAUUUUACUCAUGAUAUGCAAUGUCUUAAUAUGUCUCUUAUACACACACCACUGUUGUUAUAGAUUUUGAUAAUUAUUUAUUACAACCACAUUCAAAUUUUGUUCUAAUCAAUUGAACUUUUGAGUUGAAGAAUUGUCACUUUUUAAGUUGUAUCAUCCUAAAUAUGUAUACUAAUUAUAAGUGCUGAGUCCAGAACACCAAACCUGUGGGGAACUUUCACUUCAAGGAAAUGGUUUUAAUCUGUUUAUUAUACCUAUCCUCAUUGCUGGUCAUUGCCAGUUUUUAAUGCUUACAUGGUCAAACUGAGACAGUACUGUGACAUGGAGGUCCAAGUCCUACUGCAUCGUUAUAUAGUUCCUUUAAUUGUUGCAGCUGACUCCAGUUUCUUGAUUCAUGUAUUUAAAUAAAAAAUAUUUUGAGGUUUCUCUUAUUUUAAUCCAUGGUUUACCAGAGUAAUUCAAUUGGAGAAACAUUUUAGAUAUAUUUCACGUAACUUGUGCCACAUACUGCAAGCAGUAGAAGCAAAAAUUUAUCUAAUGAAAAACUGGCUGUAACUGGUAAAAGACUGCUGUAUUCUAUAAAUGUUAUAAAAUCUAUAAUUGAAUGAACAAUAUGAUAUUACUUACCCAGUUUAAGGUUAUGCUGUAACUAGAGGAAAAAUUAUUCUGUAAGGUGUACAUUGUUAUAUUGUAACCACUGUAAAAUUACUCUGUAAAACAUACAAGAUCAUGCUGUAACAAGUACAAUGUUAUGAUGUAACCACUCUAAGGUUAUGCUGUAAUUAGUAUAAAAUUAUUCUGUAAAAUGUACCAGGUUAUGCUGUAACACAUACAAGGUUAUACUGUAACCACUCUAAGGUUAUGCUGUGAUCAGUAAAAGUUUUUGCUGUAUCCAGUAAAGUUUUUGCUGUAUCCAGUAAAGGUUUAUGCUGUAACUAUUGUAAGAUUAUAUUUUAACUGCUACAAGGUUAGACUAUAAGUUACGUGUAAAAUUAUGCUGUGUAAAGAUUAUGAUGUAACUAUUGUAAGGUUAUGCAGUAAUCAGUAAAAUGGUUUGCUUUAAGGUUAUAUGCUGUUCACAGUUUAAGGUUGUUCUUAUCGACCAAUGACAAUGAGACACUAUGUGGCUAUCAAAUAAAUGUAGCAUCUAUGCUAUUUUUGUUCAAAAUAUAUUAGCGGUGCAUGAUGAUGAAAAACAGAUAUUUGGAAAUAUUAAUUUAUUGCAAGAAGUUCAUUUGAAAAUACGUGGGAAACUUAAUCUUUGUUUUGCUCCUUCGUACAUUGUAAACAGAUUAAAUAUUUUGUAUAUACAUGUAGUACCAAAACGUAUAUAUGCAAGGUAAAAAUGAUUGUAUGCUGACAAAUUAAUGGCUUUUUAACCUUAUCUAUAGCUUAACAAAUCUCUGCCGCUUCUCAUGCGGUUUUACAAUGUACCCCAUGGGGAGGGGGGUCCUUUCGGGAAAAUCAUAUGCCAAGUGAUCCACCUAUGUUGUAUUUCUGAUUAUUGUAACUGAAGGUUGGAAUCAUUUGGUUUUUGUACUUGGAAAAAUUAAGAGAAAUAAUUUUCCCUAACUAUAUUAUAGUAUCUUCUCUCUCUGACAUUUUUUCAGAAAUGACGAAAAUAUGUAUAUUUUUGUUACAUUUCUUCUGAGAAAUGAAUUGCUGAUCAAAGAUUUUUUAUGAUGAUUUAUGAAAUUCCUUAUUUUCACUAUUUUAUGUUACAGAAGAAAGCAACAAAUGGAAGGAAUAAAUGCUAUAAAUGUAUUAUU